AUGGAAGAAAUUUGGGAUUUGCAGGGCCUGGUGGCCGCGGCGGUUGGCGGAGAUUCGAAAACUCCGCAACUCAGACGUCGGAAAGCCAGGCCCGUAAAGGUUGCGGCGGCUGCAAGUGUAUCUGUACCGGUGGCGCCGCCACUAAUGGAGGUGGGUGAGCCGAGAUAUAGAGGAGUGCGGCGGCGGCAAUGGGGGAAGUUCGCUGCGGAGAUACGCGACUCCAGAAGGCGGGGCGCUCGCAUUUGGCUCGGGACAUUUCAUACUGCCCUGGAAGCGGCGCUCGCAUAUGACCGCGCCGCUUUAGAUAUACGCGGCGCCCGGGCGGUGCUCAAUUUCCCUUCAGCCGCCACUCCUUCUACGCCGCCACAGCCGCCGCCACCAACGAAGAGGCAACGGACCGAUGAGAACACUCAACUUCUGUUUGCGCCGCCUGCUUGCUUGGAUUCUGGAAACACCGCCAUAACCGAUUCCACUGCCAAGGCGAAUGUUUUCGAUGGUUCGGAUCUCAUGGCUGCUUUAAUAUCCGGUGAAUACCAGUGGCCUUUAAUGCCCUGA